AUGUCGACAGGAAGGGGUGGGGUCACAACGAUGGCUGCUCGUCCAGCGGCCCCUGUCACUCGCACCAAAAAACAAAAUCACGCAAACAUACCGUGCCCAAUAGAGAACUGUGCAAGAUUCACCUAUGGCAAACUACCCGAUCAUCUCACGAAGAUUCAUGGCCUAACAGGAGCUGAAAGAGACGCCCUUAACGAACAACAGCGAAAACGAUUCUUCAACGGUGAACUCUGCCAAGUACGAUACCUCAAGGAAUCAGCGAUUAGAGACCUUUGGGGAACAGACUACGAAGAUCCUCGAAUUCGUGCAAAAAUCCACCAAAGUUACAAUCUAGUCAAAAUACGAAUCAUACCACUUGCGGCUACGCAACGAUCUCGACCACUUACCGAACAAGAUGCAAAUGUUCUAACCGCCUAUAACGCUAGGACAGCUCCAAGACCAGCAAGAGUACAAAAAACGAGGACUCGACCACGGCCUUAUCCAGCUCCUGAGGCCAGUCCAGUAGAACGGCGAGCAUCAAGCGAGUCCAGUGAAGAAGAGAACACGCAGAAUCCUCUACCACCUUCACCGCCACCAUCAUCUCCAUCACUUCCACCGUCGCCAGCUCCUUACGAGCUGCAACAAGUAGAAACUCGUUUACGAGACAUAUUCGAUUCCAAAAUCGACGCUGGGUACAAAGCUGUCAUCGAUGACAUGAAAAAAUCCAUGACAAUGGGAAGGACCCUAGGAGCAAGAAAGCGCAAAGCAUACAGAACUUAUCGACGCUAUGCGAAGAGAUUGAUUGCCUUCCUUCAUCGACAACAUUCUCCUCUAGCGUACGAUGUAGACGUUCUUCUUUGUGGAGAAAGCCAAGUCUGCGCCUUUCUAGAACGUAUCAGUGCUGAGCACAAAACGAAAACCUUGAGGAAUUACAUCGUGGCCGCUAUCAAGCUGCUCGACUCGCGACUGUUUGCAAUAGAAACUGACCCUUCGUGCAAAGAGAAGGUGGCUUCAAUGACACGUGUCUAUGACGUGUUACAUGGCCGUCUGACGGAGUGCGACAGGCUCUUGGCACAGAAGGAAGCCUGUCAGAAGAAAUCGUCGCCAUCUUUCGAAAGUGUUAUCGAACAAAGUUUUAAUGUUUCAUACGAUGAGCUUGUGUAA